UUUGACAGUUCACCUUUGCGUAGUUUAUUUUUAGAUAAAUAAAGACAGUAAUGUUACUUUUUAAUAGAUAAUUUUUCUUUAAUUUUUAAGCUAUAAAUAAAAAUUUAACGAAUGGCAUACGAUUGCAGUUAUUUCCACGGUAUUUAUAGGUUACAUGUAAAAUUGAACCGAAUUAAUCACAGACACAAUUUUUCCAUAAUGCACACAAAUAAUUUCUGAGUACAAGUUACGAUGCCGGAACAGUUUAUAAAAGUGAAAAAUCGCGAGGUACAGCCGACAAGUAGUGCCUUUUCCGAGACUGCUAAGAAACAAGAUAACUCACGCUUUGGGUCAUGCACAAACAUAUCAAAUUCGAAUAGUGAUAUUUGUCGAAUAUGUCAUUGUGAAGCAGAUUGCGGAAACCCCCUGUUAUCGCCUUGUUAUUGUGCCGGAAGUCUUAAAUACGUACAUCAGUCGUGUUUACAACAGUGGCUGGCCGCAUCCGAUACUAGAUCGUGCGAAUUAUGUAAAUUCAAUUUUAUUCUUCAUACAAAAAUUAAGCCGAUCGCUGAGUGGAGAAGGCUCGAGAUGACUAGCGUAGAGAGACGUAGACUGCUAUGUGCCAUAUUGUUUCAUUUUGUAGCCGCAAUUUGCGUAAUAUGGUCAUUAUUUGUACUUAUUGACAGAGCUACUGAAGAGGUUCAGAAGGGUCUGAUUGCAUGGCCUUUCUGGACGAAACUUGUAGUUGUAGCUGUUGGAUUCACAGGAGGUGCGGUUUUUAUGUACAUACAGUGUCGACAAUACUUACAAUUAUUUUCUCGGUGGAAAGCACACAACAGGAUCAUUUUAGUCCAAAAUGCACCAGACAGUGCUUCCGAAAAAAUUCCCAUACAGCCACCUACUCCAAACUUCAAUAUAACCAUACACUCAUCGCCCGCACCGAAUGAACGUUCCUCGCAAGUCAUAGCAAGUAUAGAAUGCAACGCCUCGCCGCAUUGCGAUUCAAAAGAAUCGACCUAUAAGUUUGACGAACCGCCCACUCCUGCCGAAGAUUUGUACUUAAAUAAUUACAUGUCUCAACGUUUAGGUGAAGCGUGGGCGUCUCCAACUCCUUCGGAUCAUUUGAGCCAGACGGAGGAAAAAGAAACCACGAGUUUAGGUGAUACGAGUUUCGACGCGCUCGAAUUAAAUAUACAAGAGGUUUUGGCGCUGGAUGUUGAACAUAGUGCAAAUAAAUCCAGAAUUGUUUCUGGACAUUCAUCCAGGUCUGAGAGUAAAAAUAAAAAUAAAGGUGUAUUUAAAUCAUUGCCUAACUUAAGUGCCAGCAGUGAAAAUUUGCUAGUAUGAAUGUUGAUGCAAUGAAAUUGUGAUUGAAUUAUAUUUCAUUAUUGAUUUUAUAACUGCAUUGUUGAUAAUU